AUGUCGCUGUCGCGAUCGCCUUCGCCGAGGCCUGAUGGAGGAUGGUCCAGCCCCGGUCUGACGACUGGUACGGGAGGUAGCGGCACUUCCACACCACGAAAGGGCUAUUCAGAUCUACAAUCAGGCGGCGGGCUGUAUAUGAAGGGAAUUGGCGCCGCCGGACCCGGCGGAGUAUCGUGGGCGGCAGCCAAGGCCAAGAGCGACCAGGUCAGAGGCUAUCCGUCCUUCUCAACUCGAAACAAUGGCUUCUUUUCUAGACAACGCCGGAAAAUAUCUGCUAGCUUACCCAGGUUCCGGAUGAAUUCGGCCUAUGGAGAGAAAGAAAAGCUGGGCCGCGGACGAUGGAGCCCGAAUGGCGGACCGUUGUUGAGUCGCUUAAAAACACUGCUAGGAAAUUUGCUACGACGGAAACGAGUACAACUGUUAUUGCUCUUGAUAUUAAUGUUUGUUUUCUGGCUCGUUUUUUCUCAACCCAUUUAUGAAGCGUACCGAAGGUCCUCCCUGGGUGGAGGUAAGAAGAUCGUUCUCAUUGUCGCAUCAAAUCUCGGAGGAGGAGUAAUGGAAUGGAAAGGCGCACGCGAAUGGGCCAUUGAGCGAGAUAGUUUACGAAAUAAGAGGCGAUACGUAAAGCGAUGGGGCUAUGACCUGGAGAUCGUCAACAUGGUAACCAAAAAGCGAUACGCGCACGAAUGGCGUGAAAGUUGGGAGAAAGUCGACACGAUCCGCUCAGCUUUAAGAAAAUACCCGAAAGCCGAAUGGUUCUGGUGGCUAGAUCUUCAUACCUUUAUUAUGGAGCCUUCCUUGUCGGUUGAGAAUCACAUCCUUAAAAAUCUCGGCAAAAAGACGUACCGCAAUAUCAACACGUAUAACCCCCUCAACAUCACCCAUCCGCCCUCCCUAUUCUACCUCGAUCCACUUUCUCUUUCCGUCGAGGGCGAUGGCAAAGAGUCUUCCAUCAAUAUGCUUGUACCGCAAGACUGCUCGGGCUUCAACCUUGGGUCCUUCAUGGUGCGACGCAGCGCCUGGACAGAUCGUCUGCUCGACAUCUGGUGGGAUCCUGUCCUCUACGAACAGAAGCACAUGGAGUGGGAGCAUAAGGAGCAGGACAGCCUAGAACACCUAUACACCCAUCAACCGUGGAUCAGGCCUCAUGUUGCGUUCGUACCGCAGCGACGAAUGAAUUCCUUCCCUCCAGGUGCCUGUGGCGACGGGACCAACCUGGGUAUUCACUACCAGGAAAAGAAUCGCGAUUUCUUGGUGAACAUGGCGGGCUGUGAAUGGGGAAGAGAUUGCUGGAGCGAGAUGUAUCACUACCGGCAGCUUAGUAACCGCUUGAACCGAAAUCCGUGGGAGAAGUUCAAGGACGGGAUCUCAGAACGAUGGAAAAAGACAUUUGGAAAGAAGAAGGAGGAGAAAAAGAAAACGUAAUGAAAGCAAACAAAUAAUGACAUUCCCUUUCUUUAAUCUUGUGGCGGCAUUUCAAUAUUCAUGGUUGUCCCUUGGGGGUCUUUUAUUAUCUUUUUACCUUCUGGGUUGAACUUUUUUCUUUUUGCCUUUUUUUUUUAUUUUUUUUUUCGCGUUCGCUGAUUUAACAGGGGCCUGGCUGUUUCAAACUGAUCCUUCCUUGGAUUCAUAUAUUCCUUGACUUAUUUUUGGCUCUUUUUCCUCCUUUUUCCUUUUCUAUUUGGUAUGACAUUUUGGACCAUCGGUUUACCUGUGCCACUUCACCGUCCUUUUGGCUGCUAUUUGGAUGCCAUGCUUUCCGGCGUUGAUAACAUUGUAUCUCAUAUGCAUACACAGGGUGUACAUAUAUCGGGUUUUCUUAUUACCGCUGGAAUACGGAGGGCACCUAUACGGAAUAUUAGACAAGCCUACGUGAUCGUUUGA